AUGUCCGCCCCGGACACCUCGGGAUGGGGCGAGCCCGAGCUGCGAAGCGAGAUCCAGAGGCUUCGUCUUCGCGAGGCCAAGGCGAAGAAGAAGUACGACCAGGCGCGCGAGGAGGCUUCCGAGAAGGAGGAUGAGGUGGGCAGGCUGAUGGAGAAGCUUCAGGACGUGAUGGUAUCGCUCGACCAGUCGCGGGAAGAGUGCGAGGAGCUGCGACAGCAGGGACUCGGCAAGACCUUCGCCGGCGUCAACUCGGCAUCCCCGGAAGAUGCGGACGAGCUCGCUGCCGUCAAGUCCACCCUCGCGGACCGAGACGCCGAGCUCGCCAAGGCCAGGGACUUCCGCACCAAGGCCAAGGCGAAGAUCCAGGACCUCGAGGGCAAACUCGCGGCGGCGAGGGCCGCGACGUCCGGGGCAUCGGGCUCGGGCUCGGGCACGGACCAGGCGGACGAAACCGCCGUCGCCCUCGCCAAGGCCAACAGGAUCAACGUGAGGGCGGUGGCCAAGAUCAAGGACCUCGAGGCGUCCCUCGCCGCCGCCAUCGAGGCGACGGCCGCGGCGGAGACGCGCGCGGCGGCCGCCGAAUCCGCGCAAAGAGCCGGACCCUCCGCCGAGAUCGUCUCCGAGCUCCAGUCGCGGCUGGACCUCGCCAGGUCCGAGCUCGACGCCGUCACGAAGACCGCAGAGGCGAACGCGAAAGCCGCGAGGGACGCGUUCGAUGCCGAGCUCAGGGACGCGGAGAGGAGGGCGGGGGAGGCGGGGGAGGCGCGGGCCGCGAAGGCGGAGAGUCGCGCCGUCGCCGCGAAGGAGCUUGCGGACGCCAGACUCAGAGCCGCCGAGCAGAGGGCGGCGGCGGCGGAGUCCGCGGCGGCUGACGUCGCGACGCUGAACGCGGAGCUGAACGAGGCCAGGACCGUCGCGAAGAACGCGGAGGAGAAGUGCGAGUGGAACCAGAAGAAACUCCGAAAGGCCAUCGAGAAGGGUAAGGGGAUCGAGCAGGAGCGGAACGAGUUACGCGCGCGGCUGGACGAAGCCGAGGCAGAGGUUUCCAAACUCAAAUCCGAGGCGGCGGCGCGGGAAGCCGCCGCGGCGACGAGGGCCGAAGCCGCCGAGCGCGCGCUCGCGGCUGCGGAGCGCCAGAAGGAGGAAACUGGUGCACAGCUAGCGGCGCUCCGGGCUGAAGCCGCCGCGUCGAAAUCCUCGUCAGCCGCGUCGCUCGACGCGGCGAGGUUGCUGGAGGCUGACCUCGAGUCUGAGCGGAAGAGGGCGACGUCGCUGGAGGCUGACCUCGAGUCCGAGCGGAAGAGGGCGACGGAGGCGCGCGAGGUGGCGGCCGCCACGGCGGAGGCUGCGGCGAAUGAGCGCAAGGUUGCGCUGUCCAAGGCGAACGCGGAGCUCGAAUCUGCGAAGAGGGCGCUCUCGGAGCGAGACGCCAAGCUCGCAAAGGCGAAAGAGUUUCGCGACAAGGCCAAGGCUCGGCUCUCCGAGGCUGAAUCCAAGGAGAAGGAGUACGAGGGUAAGCUCGCCGCGAGCGCGCGGGAGUUGGACGCGGCUCGAAGGGACGCGGAGAGCGCGAGGCAGACGCUGAUUGAGGCGAGGAGAAACGCGCAGGAGAGUGACGCGUCGCGCACCGCGGAGGUUGCCCGAUACGAGGAGCGGGUCAGGGAGCUGAACGAGCGGAUCGAGUCCGAGGUGGGCGAGCUCGAGAUUGAACUCUCGGGCCAGCUGGACGCCAGAACGGCGGAGCUCGAGUCCGUCAAGGCUGAGGAGGCUGCGCUUCGGAAGCAGCUCGAGGCUGUGAAGAAGGAGCUCGACUCUGCAAACGACAACCUCGGCAAGGCGAAGGACUUCCGCGCCAAGGCUAAGGAAAGAAUCGCCGAACAGGACGCCAAGCUUAAGGACUCUGAUGCCAGGAUCAAAGAUGCUGAGGCCAAGGCUGCGGUAGCAGAGGGUAAGGUUAAGGGUGCUCAAGAUAAGGCUUCAGCGGCAGAGGCUAAGCUCAUGGAUGCCGAAUUCGAGGCCACGGCUGCAGAGGCGAGGGCUCAGGAUGCUGAGGCCAAGGCUAUGGCUUCAGAGGCGAGGGCUAAGGAUGCGGAGAGUUCCAACCUUAAAGACUCCGAAGUCAAGAUCAGAGACGCCGAGAUGAGGGUCACAGCCGCAGAAGUUAAGGUGAAGGACGCCGAGGCCAGGGCUGCCGCUUCGGAGGCUAAGAUGAAGGACGCGGAGAAGGCGCUGAGGGAGAAAUCCAUCGAGCUGGAGUCCAUCGACGACAUGUUCAAAUCUGCAAACGAAACCUCCGCGGCGGCACGCACACACCUCGACGAGGCCAGAAAGGAGUUCAACACGCGACUGGAACGCGAUAGGAAGGAACACGCCUCGAAGAUUGAGGAGCUUCGGCGCGAGCUCGAGGCCCAGACCGAGGUUGCCAAGGCUGAGUCGGAGCGAGCCAGAGCUGCGGCGGAGGCUGCCGACGCCGCCGCGGCAAAGGUCGCGUCCACGGAAGGUGAGGCGGCGGGAGAGAUCGCCAGGGCUAAGGCGGCGGCCAAAGAGGAGCUCGACGCGGCGACACGCCGCGCCACCACCGCGGAGGAUCAGCUGAGGGUCGCGAACCGGGAGCUGGAGCGGGUGAGGAAAGAUUUUCUCCUCUGCGACACGGAGCUCGAAGCCGCCAAGGGUGGCGCCCGCGACGCCGAACGCGAGAAGGAUCGAGCGAUGAAGGACCUGCAGAUGGCGCAGGAGCGCAUCGUGGCGCUCGCCGCCGAGGCUGAGGCUGCCGCCGCGGAGAGGGAAGGGGCGUCGCUGCCGGAGGCUGCCGCGAUGGAGGCGCUUAGACGCGAGGAGGAUCUGCGCGCCGAGCUCAACGACCUCACGGCUGAGCUGGACGACGCCAGGCGGGACGCCGACAACGCCGCGGCCGAGGCCGAGGCCAAACGCCAACGUCUGGAGACCAAGCUCGGGGAGACGGAGAGGGCGUUGGCGGCUGCCAACGAGCGGCAAAGCGCGCAAGCGUCCGAGCACUCCAGGCGGCUCGAGCGCGCGAGCGAGGAACUCGCGGAGAUGCACCGGAAACUCAUCCAGACGCAGAGCGAAGCCGCGGAGAGCGCGGACGCGACGGACGCGGUGCGCAAGCGCCUCGAGGGGCAGCUCACCGACGCCGCCGCCCUCGCGGAGUCACGCGUGACGCAGCUGGAGCGCCAACUGGAGGUGUCCCGCGACGAAACUAACGCGCUUCGCGAACAAAUCGCCUCGCUCGAGGCGCAGAAAUCGCAAACGGAGCAAAAGUCGCGGGAGCUCGCCGACGCCGAGCGCAGGGUCGCCAACGCCGAACAGCGCCUGCGCGUCGCGAACGAGACGGCCGAGCUCGCUGCCGCAGACCUUCGCGCCCGCCUUUCUUCCGCCGAGCGCGCGACGGAGGCGGCGGAGAGGCGCGCGGAGUCGGAGCGUUUGGCGCGAGGGGAACGCGAGGGCGAGCUCGAGCGGGCGGUGGCGACGCUUCGACGCGAGCUGGAGCAGCGGGCGGUCGCGGGUUCGAAUCCCUCCGCGGUCACUUCCCGGGAGGAGGUGGAAUCGCUCGAGGCUGAGAACGCCGAGCUGCGGCGGCGGGUCACGGAGACGUUCCAGGCGCUUCAGGGGGCGCACACGGUGGCGGAGCAGACCAAACGCGCGGCGCAGGAGACGGUCAGGGCGGCUAAGCGCGCGCAAGCCGUCGCCGAGGCGGACCUGGCGCACGUCCGCGAGGAGCUCGCGGCGGCCAACGCGGCCAACGCGCUCACCUCGCACGCCGCGGAGGCACAGCUGGACAUGGACCAAGGCCGGCUCGGAGAGGUGGAGGCGGCGCUCGAGGCGCAGCAACUCGCGCUGGAAGCAGCGCAGAGAAACGUCGCGAGGGAGUCCGACCGGGCGGACGCCGCCGCCGCCGCCGCCGCGCGCCGCGUCGCCGAGCUCAACGACGCGAGGGAGGAGAUCGACCGGCUCCGCGCCGCCCUCGAGAGUUUCGGGGGGCACCGAGGCGGAAGGGGGAACUUGACGAUGGCGUCCACCCCAGCGGAUACGCCGGGGGACACGCCGCGAAGCGACCCUUGGACGUCAUCCACCCCCGCGCCGUUCAACCCGGGACACCGACAACGCCCCAACGCCAGGCCGCCGCUAAACCCGAACCCGCGGGAGCCGUCCACCGCCGCCAAGGCUGCCGCGGCGGCGAUGGGACGGGUUCCGGCUUCGGCGUACCGGAGCAGGUCCGCGUCGCCGUCGCCUCGAGAAGGAGGUCGCGGGUUCGAAUCCCUCCGCGGUCACUUCGCCGAGAACGUCGGGGCCGACGCGGUGGAUCCGAACCCGGGCGCGGUCGCCGGGCGCGGGAGGUCGUCCGGCUCGGGCGGCGGCUCGAGUCAGCGGCAGCGUCCGCGGCGGCCGGGGCGGCUUCACGACUGGAGCGACUACCCUUACGACGAGGACGGGGGCGGGGGGAGUUCCGGUCGCGCGAGGAGGGGGGGUUCGGGCGCGAGGGACGCGCUGGACCAGGAGCUGGCCAACGCAAGGGACGUGUUGGACCUCAUCCGCGGUGGAGCGGCGUCGUCCUAUGCCGGAUCGGACGACGACAGUCCGAGGUAG